ACAAAUAAUAGUUGUUGGAUAACUUUAAGCGGUGCUCAAAACCUUUGACUAACACAAAAAAUUUGACCGUCGAAUGAUGUACUACUUAAGUAACUGAGACGCAAUUCAUAAAUCAUAAGACAAGUAACAAAUGAUGAUUUUCAGAGUUCAUUUAGAAUUUAUCAUUUUUAGAAUGUUCGUUAUUUAAAAUUAGAAACAAGUAAGAUGCGCGACAAACACUAAAAAAGAAAAAUCUCUUUUUAGUAUUAGUAUGUAAAGUACCAAUCUAACCCAUUCUAGUAUGAGUUUAGGUUCCCUAAUAAACACAAUUAAAGGGUGAUUGUUAACUCUUAAGUUAACUCUGUACUGUACACGUAGUAAUCAUAAUCACACUCGAAACCCAGCAACACGCUGCCACAGUGCCACCGUCGCCCAACUAUUCAACCGCACCACCGCGUCGCCCAACUUGAUUACUUGAGCAUUAGGGGUGAAGGAAUGCAGAAUGCCCCAAGGUGUUGUUGAUUGGAGGAGUUUACCGGAUGAUAUACUAAUUCAGCUAUUGUCAUGUCUGAGUUAUCGAGACCGAGCUAGUUUAUCAGCAUGUUGUAAGAAAUGGAGGGUUCUUGGUAACUCCCCGUGUUUGUGGACUUCUUUGGAUCUUCGUUCGCACAAGUUUGAUGCCAAUGUUGCAUCUUCACUUGCUUCUAGAUGUGUGCAUCUACAGAAGCUUAGGUUUCAUGGUGCAGAGGCUGCUGAGGCACUACUUCAUCUUCGAGCUAAGAACUUGCGCGAAUUAAGCGGUAACGGUUGCUGGAAGAUGACCGAUAUAAAUCUUGCUGUGAUUGCUGCCCGGCAUGAGUUACUCCAGAGUCUUCAGCUUGGACCAGAUUUUUGUCACGAAGUUACUAGUGAAGCUAUAAAAGCAAUAGCUCACUGCUGUCCUAGUUUGAAUAAACUCAGGCUCUCAGGUAUUAGGGAUGUAAAUGCAGAUUCUAUUAAUGCAUUGGCUACCUAUUGUCCAAAGUUGACUGAUAUCGGGUUCAUCGACUGCCUGUGUGUUGACGAGCUUGCGUUGGGAAAUGUGCAAUCGGUUCGUUUCCUUUCUGUCGCGGGGACACCAAGUAUGAAGUGGAGUGUGGUUUCACAUCUUUGGCAUAAACUUCCUAACCUGACUGGAUUGGAUGUUUCAAGAACCGAUAUUGGUCUGUCCGCUGUUUCAAGUUUGUUAUCCUUAUCACUAAAUUUGAAGAUUUUGAUUGCUUUGAAUUGUCCUAUCCUCGAAGAAGAGACUAGCUUUUCUGCUAGUAAAUAUAAAAAUAAGUUGUUGAUUUCCCUAUCAACGGAUAUUUUUAAAGGACUAGGUUCUUUAUUUUUCGAUAAUACAAAUAGAGGAAAGAAUGUGUUUUUGGACUGGAGGACUUCAAAGAGUAAUAAUGAUAAGGGUCUUGAUGAAAUUAUACCUUGGCUUGAAUGGAUGCUGUCACAUAUACUUUUGCAUUCUGCUGUGAGCCGUCAACAGGGAGGUCUUGAUAAUUUCUGGGUUGAACAAGGUGCAUCACUCUUGCUUAGUCUAAUGCAGAGUUCUCAAGAGGAUGUUCAGGAGCGGGCAGCCAGAGGUCUUGCAAAUUUUGUUGCAAUUGAUGAUGAAAAUGCUAGCAUUGAUUGUGAAAGGGUUGAAGCAGUUAUGAGAGAUGGUGGUAUACAUCUCCUUCUUGGCCUUGCAAAAUCUUACAGGGAAGGGCUUCAGUCCGAGGCAGCUAAUGCUAUUGCGAAUUUGUCAUUGAAUGCUAAUUUUGCGAAGGCCGUUGCAGAAGAGGGUGGGAUUGAGAUUCUAGUGAUGCUUGCACGUAAGUGCAAAUACGAGGGAGUGCAAGAGCAGGCUGCUCGUGCCUUGGCUAAUUUAUCUGUCGGACAAGAAGCGGGUGCUUUUGAGGCUCUUGUUCAACUUACGCAUUCUCUCCAUGAGGGUGUCAGGAAAGAAGCUGCUUAUGCACUUUGGAAUUUGUUAUGUGACGAUAGAAAUCACGAGGCCAUUGCAGCAGCUGGUGGAGUUCAAGCUUUCGUUGCUCUUGCCCGAUCUUGUUCUAAUGCUUCCCCUGGACUUCAAGAGAGCGCUGCUGGUGCUCUAUUGGCAUUGUCAUUUUCUGAAGCCAAUAGCAUUGCUAUUGGACGAGAAGGAGGAGUUGCACCUCUGAUUGCACUGGCACGGUCCGAAGCAGAGUAUGUUCGUGAAAGCGCUGCAGGAGCACUAUGGAAUCUUUCUUUCAACCCUGGUAAUGCUUUACGAAUAGUGGAGGAAGGUGGAGUAGCUGCACUUGGUGAUCUCUGUUCUUCAUCAGUGUCAAAAAUGACACGGUUUAAUGCGGCAUUGACUUUGUCCUGCAUGUUUGAUGGGAGAAUGGAUGAAUUCUCUUUAGUCGGUACCUUGUCAGAAAGUGCUUCUAAGAGUGUGUGCCUGGAUGGAGCCAGAAGGAUGGCUAUGGAACACAUUGAAGCAUUCAUCCGUAUGUUUUCCAAUCAACAAACAUUUGCAGCUGCUGCUGCGUCAUCGGUUCCUGCAGCACAAGCACAUGUUACUGAAAGUGCUCGCAUUCAAGAAGCGGGACAUCUUGAAUGCAAUGGUGCUGAAGUUGGAAGAUUUGUUACUAUGCUACAAAAUCCGUCGUCUAUACUCAAAACUUUUGCUGCAUUUGCUCUUCUACAGUUUACAAUACCUGGUGGACAACACGUCAUUCACCAUGCCAGCCUCAUGCAGAAGGCAGGUGCAGCAAGAGUUCUGCGCAGUGUAGCCGCCGCAACAACCACACCUCUUGAAGCAAAAAUCUUUGCCAGGAUUGUUCUUCGUAAUCUCGAGUAUCACAACAUAGAGUAUACUGUUUAGAUCAAAUAGUAAGUGCUAUAACGUGCCUUUCCACGGUUUUUCCACUAGUUAUGUUUAUACUGUGAUUUAUUUUAGCCAUUUGAUGUGAUACUGUUGAUUGCAACCCUUUUCAUUAGUUCUUCACUUCCUGGCCUAUACUGUUGCUGUUCGAUAUAUGCUGUUCGUAGGCUGUUUGGUUUGCCUAAUUUGGUUUGGAAUUUUUAUUAGAAGGUUCCGGAGGGUGGGCAUGUGGAUUUGUCGGAGAAACAAGAAUUCACUAUGGUCAUGAAAAAUCCAUUGCAGGUUCAUAUUUCUCCUAGGAUCUAGAUAAUGUGGUAUGUGUACCCAUAUCAUUGAAAUAUGCAUAUAACAAUAAUAUGUUGCGUUAGUUGUUUUUAAAAGUAAAAUGUAAAACGUGUCUACAACUUUGUGUAAACCAUUGAUUCUCUGCUUGGCAGGGAAAGAUUAUUCAUAUAU